UUCAAAACCUCGUGACGAGCGGUUGCCGCGAUUGCCGCGUUCGCUGUCUUUCCGAUUUCCUCAAAAAGCAAGCCACUUUUUUGUAUAACUACAACAUUUUUUUUCGAAGCAACCAAAUCAUUAAGCAAAUCGAGCAACAAUAACCUGCUAAACAAAACAAUUCACUACCAGAACGCGCUAAACAACCCGCAGAUAUAUAUUGAAUAUAUAUAAAACAAGCAAUCACUUGAAAAUAUUGUGUGUGGUGAAAAGUGAGUGUUUAUUUUUGGGAAAUAGAAAUAGAAAUAGUUAACCAAGCCAACCAACCAAUCGCUUCCAAUGGAAAUCAUGUGCCUAAAAAUGCAAAUUUCUCGAAGAAAAUCAACAACGUCUAUUUAAAAAACAAAAAAAAGUCAACUCAAGCCAAUCAAAUACAAAACGUGUUGGGAAAAAGUAAAAAAAAAUAUAAAAAUACAGCAAAUACAAAAUCAAACAACAACAGUCUCUCGCGCACACAAAUAUUUUUAUAAAUCUAUAUAUACGUACAUAUAUAAAAUUGCAUAAAAAUAUUUUUUACUCAAGACAACGACGCACACACACGCAGCAACGAGAUACACAGAUACAUUCGCCGCUCGCACACACACGCACACAUAGGCGACGACGUGGCCCCGCUCUCGGUGUGUUGGUGUAUCUGUGUGUGAUUGUGCGACGCCAGCUUCGCUGCUCCACCAACAAAAGCAACAACCACAACAACACUACCGCCGGUCGCCAAGUUGAUUAUUAUUAUUUUUUUGGCACGCCAAAAACCAAAAACCAAACCAAAACCCAGCGAAUAUAUAAAAAUACGCGUCUGGCAAAAAUAAUAACAAAAUCAAACAUCGACGCCGGCGUCGUUUUUGUGUUAAUUAAAUUUACUUUUGUGAAUGAAAUGCGAAAGAAAGCAAAGCGAAAAAUCACCUUUAAUAAAUGCUAAAUUAAAACCAGCAGUCGCGAUCGCGAGUAAGCAUCUGAAGAGCCCCCCUCUCCAAAUCGCCCUUGGAUUACACCCAAAAGAAACGAAUUCAUCAUUUUGGAUACUUCUCGAAAAUUAAGGAUUACACAACACUUUCAACUCACAUCUACGGUGAUUAAUUACGGAAUUUGUACCACGGAUUGCUUUUGAAAAUCAAUAAAGCAAUCGCAGCUGUCUGAAUCUGCAAAAGGAUGAAGGCAAAUCGAGCUGAGUCCGGGCGCAGCAACUACGAUCGACGGCAUUGAGGAUCUCGGAUCUCGAGGUGGAGGAGCGAUCUCGAUCUCGAGGUGGAGCGAGGAGCGGAGGAGGAGUGGAGGAGUGCAGCUGGGGGAGGAGUCCUGGUUACAACACUACAUGGAUCGCAGAAAUGGCGGCGAUCCCUUGGCGCCACCCCGGCCCCCGAAGUUAUUACCGCGCGUGCAUCGACCAAGGGCGCCGGAGCCGACGUUGAGUGGUGUCGAUCAUACCGCAGGAGGAACUGCAUCCGCACUAGCAUCAGGAGCACCAGGAGCACCAGGAGCAUCAUCUGCAGCACCCGUAGCAAUCCAUAACAACAAUUCACAGCAGCAACUUAGUAUUAGCGCCGCCGCGAGCAACAACAAUACGAUAUCGAUAAUACCCGCAUCGCCGGACUUCGACGACUACCAGAUCCACCAUCUGACCUUCCUGCCCCAGCGUCCCAGCAGUCUGAGCCGGAACAGCAGUACGGCGUCAUCGACUACGGCGACGGGCAUUAGUGUCUCCGGUUCGGGAUCUGUGUCGGGUUCGUCGUCCAGCUUCACGAGACGUCGACCGCCGGCACCUGUACCGCUGGUCAACAGCAUAAGCAUCAGCAACAACAACAACAACAGCAUCAACAACAACUUCCUUAGUCAUUUCCAAAGCGCUGAGCCGGCGAGCAACGCUCUGGGCCAGCCGCCCGCCUCCCCCGUCACGCUGGCGCAACCGCGACCCGAAUCCGAAAGGCUAACCAACGAGUAUGUGGACACGCCGCUGCAACAUGCGACGCGCUCGCAGCAUCCGGCUGGCCAGCAGGAUAAUGGCCAGACGACCACCCACCACCUGUUGCUGCUGCCCCAGCGGAAUCAGCACCUGCACCUGCAACAACACCAGCAGCAACAGCAGCACCUGCAGCAGCAGCAACAGCAGCAGCAGCAACACCAGCAACAUGCGCGACUGGCGACGACGACGCAGGCGACGUCCGUUGGCAGCGACCACACCGAUGGCUUACUACAUUCGCACCUACAAAAUAGCACCACUAAACCACCCGCCUCGAAGCAGCCGGCACCGCCCAGACUGGGAAUGGGCCUGGGAUUGGGAUUGGGUCUCGGUCUGAACCAGCCCAUCAUCACCAAGCAGCCGACACCCGCCACGCAAAAGGAGCACAUGCACGCGCUGGAGGAGCUGCUACAACCGGGCGGAGCCGGCGGCAACGGAGGACCCCUGGUGAUGGCCGGCGAUCCCAGCCUGCUGAAUCCCAUCGUCUGUCCGCGAUGCGGCCGCUGUCGCUGCGAGCAGUGCCAGAGCCCCAGGCCGCUGCCCCAGACGUGGGUGUGCAACAAGACAUGUCUGUGCAGCGCCGAGUCGGUCAUCGACUAUGCCUCCUGCCUGUGCUGCGCCAAGGCGCUGUUCUAUCACUGUGCCCGGGACAACGACCUGGACUGCGAUGAUGGCAACGGCACACCCUGCGUGGAUAAUCCCUGCUCCUGCGGUCCCUACAAGCGCACCCAGAGAUGGGGCUGGCUGGGAGCACUGUCGAUCUUCCUGCCCUGCCUGUGGUUCUACUGGCCCAUGCGGGGCUGCAUGAAGCUGUGCGAGAAGUGCUACGGCAGGUUCGCCGGUCGGGGAUGCCGCUGUCAGGGCAUCGGCGGAGGAGGAGCAGGAUCCGGAGGCGGAGUGGGUAGCAUUGGAUCCACCAGCAGCAUGCUGCCCAUAGUGCCGCUUGGGGUGAAUGGCAGCGGGCUGGGCGGCGGCGUGAGCCUCUCCGGCGGCGUGACGGAUGGUGGACUCAACCAAGCCAAUGGCAAGGCCAUGGAUCAUGGAUGCAGUGCCGCCAGGAGCAUACUGCGAAAGGGUGACCUCACCCCGGAGAAGCGGCUCCUGGACUCCAGUCCCGACUACUAAGGGUCCUUUCCAUGUGCCCGGUUUUUUACACGAGCAAAAAGCCUGUGGCACAAAUGGGAAGCUGGAUCAUGGACACAUACCCCCAUAUAUAUAUGGAAAAUAUUUAAUAUAUGAUUUAAAAGGAUAUAUAAAAAAA